UCAUCAAUCGAAAGAACCUGUCGUACACCACAGAGCGUCACAAGUGCUGUGAUUCCCCGGCACAGCCAUCGCGCCGUAUAAUCCGAGCUAAUCUGCCUCAUUGUUUCUUGACACCUCGAAAAUGCGGGUGGUUGCGAAGUGUCCCGUGGUCGGUCUUCCACUGCAAGCGCACAUUGUCGCCAAAGCCAAGGAAUACACGCACAACACUCCAAAACGCCCACAACAAGCUUGAGUGGCUAAGUCAGAGGAGCUGAGCAACCGUCAGUUAUCGCCUUCUAAGACGAAACCGACAAACUCGUGUGAGGAAAACAAGCUGCUAUAUCUCGGAACAUGUAGCUAGGAAGCGUGGCUACUGUGACUAUAGCGCAUAGAAGGCGAGAAAAAAAUAAAAAUAAAAAAAAGAUAAAUGUGAUCCGCGCAACCGUAGCGAACCAUAUCCAUAUUUUAUCUACACAGUUCGCGCAUGAGCUGUCGAUAAUAGUUGCUUCAAAUGUGGUCAAAACAACGUGCAGUGGGCCACAAUUUGCGUACGAUUCUAGAGGAAAGGACUCGCAAGUCUAAAAGCACCGCAUUCGUGGCAAGUUUGGCGUCAGGAACGAUGAGCAUAUUUUGCUGGCUCUUGGUGGUCGGCGCCGCAGCAACUACCGUGGCCGUGGGCCCACCUCCGGCAUCCCUCAACGAACAAGUGGACGCCGUUCUCCAGAAGGGCGAGCUGUGCAAGGUCAUCGACAACGACGAGUGCGAAGGGUCCCUGCAGAACUUCGGCAUGUGGAAUGACGAUGAGUGGUUUCGGCCCGACUUCUACGAUGGAUGCGUCGUGGGUGUGCGCCAGGGUAUCCGGCGGACCGGAGACUGCGCAUUCAACACCAGCGUGGCCACUUGCGAAUUAUGCUUCGCCAAUCUCACGCUGCGCUACCGCUGGGUCGUGGUAAGGAAGGAUCCGGAGCGGCAGCGGGAAGAGCAGUUCCACGGCACGCGACCAAUCGUAGAAGCGGGAGACCUGAUGGCCACGUUGGCUGAAGGAACGGGACUGCUGCUGCUGCGGAAGGAUAUCGUAGGCGGCCACUUCCGAGCUACAGCAAUCGAGACGGGCAUCAUCGAAUUCGACAGCUUGGUAUUCGACAACUCCACCAUCAUCUGGCACGCAGACACGGUCGACACGAACGACGAGGACUUUCAGGGCCAUCUCCGGAAUUCACUCGCCGAACGACUUAAUGAAUACGUCAGUGGUAUGGCUUUCCUCGCCGCCUUCAACGAAGCUCUUGAGAAUGUGCAGAAGACUGGGAAUUUUAGAAAAUAAAUAAAGGAAUUUUACUUG